CACAAUUUGAUCACGUCCUAAAGCCGAACCUUAUUCGAUCUCUCUUUAUAUCUGUUCUUGUAUUGGAUUCUUCUCCUAAAAAACAAAAAGAACUAGUACAAUUUUUUUUUCUAGUUUUUUGAAAUUUUGAAAAAUUUGAGAGAUUGUUGAAGCAAAGAUGGGGGUAGCACUAUCGAAAUUAGUAAAGAUGAUGUUUGCAAAGAAAGAAAUGAGAAUUUUAAUGGUGGGUCUUGAUGCUGCUGGUAAAACCACCAUCCUUUACAAACUCAAACUUGGUGAAGUUGUCACUACUAUCCCCACUAUUGGGUUUAAUGUGGAAACUGUGGAGUACAAAAAUGUAGGCUUCACUGUUUGGGAUGUUGGUGGCCAAGACAAGAUCAGGCCUUUGUGGAGGUACUACUACCAGAACACCCAAGGUCUAAUCUACGUGGUGGACAGUAACGACCGAGAAAGAAUUGCAGAAGCUAGAGAUGAGCUCCACAGGAUGCUAAAUGAGGAUGAACUGAGGGAUGCAUCUCUUUUAGUUUUUGCCAACAAGCAAGACCUUCCAAAUGCAAUGCCUGUUGCUGAGAUUACUGAUAAACUUGGCCUCCACUCCCUUCGUCAACGCCGCUGGUUUAUACAGGCUGCUUGUGCUACCUCUGGUGAAGGGCUUUAUGAAGGUCUAGACUGGCUUACCAGCAAUAUAACUACCUAGGCAUGAUAUAUCCGUCUUCGAUUUCCAAUUGUUUAUUUUAGAUUAUUGAGUGAAGCUUUAUUGCAAAUAUGUGUUGUAUGUAACUAUGUACAUAAUUCAUGUUAAAGGCAUGCCUCAGUCAGUCUAUUGAGGAUGAUUAAUAAUGAAUGAAUGUUUGCAAAUAAAAUAUAAUCAUUGGAAUCAA